UGAUAUCUAGAGUCGCGUGCGAACGAGCAAGAGGGUGUUCGACUGCUAGAGCCAAGUGAAGCAAUGCCUAAAUCAAAGGAACUUGUUUCUUCAAGCUCUUCUGGCAGUGAUUCUGACAGCGAGGUUGACAAAAAGUUAAAGAGGAAAAAGCAAGUUGCUCCAGAAAAACCUGUAAAGAAGCAAAAGACAGGUGAAACUUCGAGAGCUCUGUCAUCUUCUAAACAGAGCAGCAGCAGCAGAGAUGAUAACAUGUUUCAGAUUGGGAAAAUGAGGUACGUUAGCGUUCGAGAUUUUAAAGGCAAAGUGCUAAUUGAUAUUAGAGAAUAUUGGAUGGAUCCUGAAGGUGAAAUGAAACCAGGAAGAAAAGGUAUUUCUUUAAAUCCAGAACAAUGGAGCCAGCUGAAGGAACAGAUUUCUGACAUUGAUGAUGCAGUAAGAAAACUGUAAAAUUCGAGCCAUAUAAAUAAAACCUGUACUGUUCUAGUUGUUUUAA